AUGUCCGCCCUUCCGGCCCCCGAUGCACCCCUUCAGAUUGAAUGGCAGCCGGUACCCCUACAGCUUGAUACCACAGGGCAGACACGGCUUGUUAAGAAGCCCAAGACCGCUCUACAGACAUAUAUUCCCGGCUGUCAGCCUGCUUGGCAGGAUACCGACGAGGUAUCCCUCCAACAUCAGGCCCUCCUUCUUGUACAAGAGCACCAGGCAGCACAGAAUGCUCUCAUGGCAGAAGCUCUAGAGUACAUGAAGCUGGAGGUCAGCUCUGUUCAGGAAGAACUCCGGAGGUAUGCGGAAAGAGAUGAACUAAAUACGGAUGCCAUGGAGAUUGAGUGGACAAACCCGGCCACUCCCUCAAACUUUGAUGCCGAGAUACAGAUAGCCCUUGGUGAAGGAAGACUGAUGGUGGGUAGACCAGCAACUCCGGCACCAAAUCCAGGCUCCAGGUCCUCUUCCAGGGCAGCCACAAGAACAAUGCAUCGAAAGACCAGACCUUUUGCAGCAUUUCCCGUCCGAUCCAAUAGGAGAGUUGUCCCUAUUGUGCAGCCAGUGGUGGGAGCAUCUCCCUUACCUCCUAGCCAUUUUAGUGGAGUACUUCCAUUUCUUGAGAGAGCCGGCCCACCCAUUGAAUAUGAAGGAGAACUCUACUCAGGUGUAGGCCGAGGACCUCCUAGCCUGUUAGCCAGGAACCCGGAAAGGUUUACCAUGUCUGGGGCCGCUCAAACAGCAGCAACCUCGCCAUUGGCUAGCAAUCCGGCACCAGUCUCAAGGGGAACCAGAAAGGCACCACAACCCUCAAAGUUCCAAGGCAAAGCGGAGCAAGUGGAGACCUUCAUUCGGCAGUGUGAGAACGUGUUCUCCAUUGAAAGACUAUCAUUUACCUCUAAGGAGGUUAAGGUCCGAUAUGCAGGUAACUUGAUGGAAGGAGAGGCAGCGAUCCGAUGGUAUGAAGCAUACCACAAUUUAAUUGAUCAAACCUCCGCCAACCGUCUUGCUGGAAUGCCGGUGAUGUUGGAUCAGAGAUGGAAGCGCUGGGAUUGCUUUGUGGAUGCUUUUAGAGCAGCCUUCGGUGAAGCCAUCUCCAGAGAUGAUGCUCUGAUGUGGAAGACUGGCUAUGAGGGUCAGUUGGUGGAUGAUAAGAUCAACAAUUCCCUCCUUCCGGACCUAGGCAUGAGUUGGGCUCUUUUCAAUCCCAAACCAAAGUCCUUGAUGGAGCGGAUAGCUGCUCUAAGAGAGUUAGGGCACACCUAUGAGAGGUACCAAAGGUUGGCAGCUGAGAAAGCGCCCCCUCGGACCAAAAAAGAUCCUUCCAAAGCUCCUGGACCUAAGGACAAAGUGGUGGAACUGAAGGGUAUCCCGGGGGAUAUUCUAGAAGAAAGAAGAAAAGCAGAAGUAUGCUUAAAGUGUGGCAAGUCCAGACACAAACAGACCGAUUGUUGGUCAAAGGAACCUACUGUUGUCCGAGUGGCAGCAGUGAGAGUACAAAAGCGGAAAAGAGGGAAUGGCAAGUCCAACCCUCAGAAGAAGGCUAAAGUGGCUGCUGUAGUAGCAGAGGAUCCACUUGUUGUACUCCCGGAGGUUAUAGAAGAUUUUUGCCCGAAGCUAUUAGCUCUGUUGAAAAGACAAAGAGAAACAAGUUCAGAACCCGCUGUUAAGCAAAGAAGUUUGGAACAGAGGCUUCCCUCCUUACCAGUACAUGGAAAAAGACCUAUACUGAAGGCAGGACUGUCAUGGACGGUCAAAGGAAAGGAUGAAAGCGCCCAAGGGUCUUUCCUGUUUGACACCGGUUGUACAGGAGCUAUUCUCAACCAGAGUUUUGUCAGGAAACAUGGAAUUCCUUUAGUGCGGCAGGAUCAACCUCUGACAAUGUUUGAUGCUCAAGGAGAUUUCAUUAUGGGAGGAGGCGAGUAUUACACUCAUCCGGUCCGCAUGACUAUGGGAGAUCAUAAGGAGAUACUCCGAUGGGAGGUGGCUACAUUGGAAGAAGGAAUGACCGGUUACCUACCAAUUAGUUGGGCUAGGAAGCAUAACCUGGACAUCAACUGGGAACUCAACACCAUGAGCUGGAGGAGUGACUACUGCAAGCAGAAUUGUCUCCCAGCGGCCACCAAGAUUGAACUGAUCUCUCCAUACCAGAUGCUGGAAGAAGAAGAGACAGUCUAUCAAUUGGUUGCUUCA